AUGAAGAAACGUGCUGUCUGCGGGAGAAGACAGUUUACGGCUUUCUCUCUCUCUCUCCUUUUGCUUCUCUCGGCCACGCAGGCGGGGGAGGCCUUGAGGCGCAGAGAGACCGAGAGCGCGAGAGAAGACCGGCAGAGAGAAGAUGGCGGGAGACUGACGCCGCAGGAAGCUGGCGAAGCUUUGGAACGGCUUCUCCCGACCCUCCAGGCUCGAGAGCAGGAAGCCUUCCUCAACGUCAGUCCCGAGCGCAUGCAGAUGCUCCAAGCCGCUGUCGAACGAAAAUACGGAGAGAAUGGACAAACUUCGGACGGGCGUCAAGAUGCGGCAACUGCGCAGGCUCUGUACGAGCUGGGAGAUCUUCAAAUUCGAGGCAAGAACCCACCGACUCUACCAGACCCUGGCCGACGAUACCCGGGUGUUCUUGGACGCGUCACGCGCGACCUCCAUAGCGCAGUUCGCGACUUCCGCGCCGCUGCUCUCCUCGGCUACGGCCCCGCCCUGCAUGCGCUAGGUGUGGCCUACGCCGUCGGACUUGGGCCUUUCGAGCCGAAUGAGGCUGAAGCCGCCAGGCUGCACUACCUCGCUUCGCUGACGGACUACAUCCCCGCGGUUCUGGCCACGGGGUUCAGGUUCUUGCACGGCGACGGAGUCGCUGCAGACUGCGAAACUGCACUCCGGUACUACAAGUUUGCGGCGGAACGAGCCGUUCAGUUGCUCGCCCCCCCCCCGCCAGAAGGCGAAGACAGCGGCGGGUUCGUUCCGCCACCCCCUCUGGGCGAGGGCGACCGUCUGACGGACCAGACGAUUGCGCAGUGGCGAGAACUGCAAACUGUGCAUACCCAGCAGAAAGAAAUCCUUCAAUACUGGGAGCAACAAGCGAAGGACGGGAACCCGAUGGCCCAGUACGAGCUUGCUAAACUUCGCGAGCAACAGCCUCCGCCCUCAGGUUCCACGGACCCUGGGGACAUCAACGCCGAAGCAGAGAGACUGCGGCAAGUGGCGGAUCUUUAUAAAGCCAGUGGCGAGCAAGGCCUCGCGCCUGCACUCAGAGACCUCGGCCUUCUCUAUCUCCAAGGCCACGGCGUGGAGCGGAACUUUCCCAAGGCCGUCGAGUGCUUCAAGCGGGCCGCCGACCUGGGAGACCCAGAGUCCCAGAACUAUUUGGGGUACUUGUACUACUUUGGCGCCAGUGCGCCCGCCCCGUCUGAACCCGCCCGGACUGCGCCGCGCUUCGCUUCUGAUCCCGUCCAGCUCAAGAGUGAUGACCCGUCAUCGCCUCUCGCUGUUCUCUCUGCGUCUCCGCGUGGGAGACAGCCGGAGACGCGCUCGCCAUCCGGUUCUCACCCGCCGUCUUCUUCGCCCCCUGCGGACGACAUGUUUGUCAUUCCGCGAAAUGAAAGCUUGGCGCUCCACUAUUUCACUCAGGCUGCUCUGAAGGAGUACCCGGAGGCUCUGUUCUUCCUGGGAGAGAUCGAAGUCCAGGCUUACACGGCGCAGGAAGGGACAGAGGAAGGCCGAGGUAGAGCGAGAGACGGCAAGGCGGGGCGACGCGAGAGGGACAACGCAGACAUGCAUGCGGCAGACGGCGAGAAAAGACAGAGAGAAGGAACCGCAAGACGUGGGAGAAGAACAGCACGCGCGCCGCAAGAUGACGAGGCCCGCCUCGCGAAAGCGCUCCGGCUCUAUCAACGUGCUGCAGAUGGAGGCUACAUUCUGGCCGCGUGGAGAGAAGGCCAGUUGCUGGAAGCAGGGAAGGGAACCCCACGUAGCUGCGAGGACGCCGCACUGGCGUAUAAACUCGUCGCUGAAGCCGGGCCUUGGGUCGACGACAUUCGGAGAGGUAUCGCCCAGUACGUGGCAGGCGACCUGGAAGGCGCGCUCCUGACGUAUGCAUUCGCCGCGGAGGAAGGUUACGAAGUCGCGCAGUCGAAUGCGGCCUUUUUGUACAGUCGUUUUCGGCCUUCGUGGGUGUCGUCUCCCUCGUUAGCGCCUGCCAAGAGCCCAAAAAGGGCACCGGGCCCGAGCUCCACCCGCGACGGCACGGCCUAUCCGAUCGAGAGAGAUGAGGUGGGCGACUCGGCCGGUGAAAAGAAACGCUCGUUCUGGAGAGCGUUUGCAGAUCUGUGGGGAGGCGAUGAACGCGCCACGUCGAGAGAGGCCAGGACGCGAGAGGAGGCCCAGCGAAACGCUGAGACAGAAGCUAAAACAGUCGACCGAAGGACGACGAAGCAGAGGCUCUUUCAAAAUCCGUUGCAGAUGGAGGAGCCGAACACAAACGAAGCCUACGGGCCGGACACAGACUCCGAAGGCUUCGCCAAAGCGGUCCCCGUCAACCAGGAAGAAGGGGAAUGUGUGUGGGGUUUGCGGUAUCAGGGAAAGGGAGAGGACGGAGGACAGCAGCAGGAGACGAACAGAAGCAGAAGAGCUUCUGGAGGACGAGAGGAAGGAAAGGAACGAGACCAGUCCGCAUUCGUGAACUCGGACGACCGGAGAGGCAGCGCGUGGACAGAAGAGAUAGAUCACGCAGAGAGUGAGGAAGACUCUGUGCCUCCUCGCCUUCCGCAAAUCUACCGCAUGUGGAAUCGCGCGGCGCUUCAAGGCAACCCGGCGGCUCUCCAGGAAAUCGCGAAAUUCCACAUCAACGGCAGCCCUGAUGGAGUGAUUGUGUCGAGUCCCGAGCUGUCCGUGGAGGUCUUGAAAAUCUCUCUCGCCCACGGGGAUGUGAAGUCCCUUCCAGUCCUUGCGUCUCUGUAUGAAUCGGGAACGUCGAUCACACCGCCGUUGUAUGGACGCGCCAUCGAUCUCCUUAAAUUCUACGCGGAAGCUGAGCAGGCGCACGCAGCUGCGGGGCCGCAGCAGGCGCUCCGGUCAGGGGUGGGAACGCCCUGGCAAGGCUGGCGGGAGGCGCUCCAGCGCCGCUUCAGACGGUGGGGUCUCGCGGCUCGGAUCGGCCGCCUCAGAGUGAAGGAGAAAUUCAAGCGGCGUGCGGCGAGUGGCGAGAAAAGGCCUGGGAAAGAUGGCGUCAGUCGAGCGUGGUGGGGCAAGAAGUACAGAGACUGA